AUGGAGGGAUUGGAAUGUGAUGGAGGGAUGGGGAUGGAUGGAGGGAUGGGGAUGGAUGGAGGAGUGGGAAUGGACGGAGAUAAGACAAAGACAGCAAGGACGCUUGGGUCUCUUGUCGUGGUUCUGGAUUUCAUCCUCUGGAUAUUUGCUCUCAAGGCCUUGUGCAGGCUCGUGCCAGAAGAGCUGCAGUCGGGCCAGGAUGGACUCGGACCUUCGGCCCGCGGUGCGGACUCGGGGCCGCGUCGCACUGCCAGGGGACGUGGUCAUGGUUGCAUCAUCGGGUGUCCUCGCGUCCCCAGUGCCCGGCUGGACGCGGUGCGUCCGGAUGUGACGUGGUCGCCGGGGGAAAAAGGUGCAACUCACAGAGACAGGCCCGUGUGCGAUGGGGGACGAGUCGAGAAUAUGAAGUCCCUGCUGCAGAGUAACAAGCCACCCGGUUUCGACGAGGAAAGGGCGCGUUUCGUGGCCGGCAGGGAAUUCUUUCCCUCUGAUUUCAUCUGUGAUCUUGCGACGCCCGAGGGGAAUCAGUUGAAAACGAUCGGAAAAGUGGCCGUUAAAUGUGCUGUCCGGAGUCGGCGCGUGAAGGUGAUCUUCGACUCGCGGCACCGAGAGGAAGACUUCCCCCUCGCGCUCUUUCACUCGCAUCAAUUAGUCCUCGGGAUCGCGUUCACGCACAGUCAUCCCGACCGCAAAUGGGACUCGCGCGGGCAGUCGGAGCGUCGCAUCAGAGCCAAUGACAGGGAAUACAAUGCGCAGUUCAACUAUGCGAAUAACUACAUCCGCACGAGCAAGUACACGCUGCUCACGUUCCUUCCGCUCAACUUGUUUGAGCAGUUCCAGCGGUUGGCCAACUUUUAUUUCCUCUGCCUCCUGGUGCUCCAGUUCAUUCCCAUCAUCUCGUCCGUGACCUACGUCACUACCUUGGUCCCGCUCGUCUUUGUGCUGUCCAUCACUGCCAUCAAGGAUGCCUACGAUGAUAUUCAAAGGCACCGGAGCGACUCGCGGGUGAACAACCGAAAGGCACGCAUCCUGCAAGGGAAGCAACUGACCGAUGAGAGAUGGAGCAAAGUCCAGGUGGGGGACUUGAUCCAGUUGAGGAACGGGGACUUUGUCACUGCCGACCUCCUCCUCCUCAGCACCUCCGAGCCGAAUGGACUCUGCUUCAUCGAGACGGCCGAACUGGACGGGGAGACGAACUUGAAGAGCAGACAGAGCCUGAUGGAGACAAAUGUUCUUGGUCAGGAUCCCUCAACCCUUGGUGCCUUCAAUGGAGAUAUCCAGUGUGAACCACCCAACAACAACUUGAGCAAGUUUGAUGGGACUCUCACGUGGAAGGAUAACAAGUAUUCUCUGGAUAAUGACAAAAUCCUCCUGCGAGGCUGUGUGCUGCGAAACACACAAUGGUGCUACGGUUUGGUGAUCUUUGCCGGCAAGGAUACGAAGCUGAUGAUGAAUUCGGGGAAAACCAAGUUCAAGCGCACUAGUAUAGACCGGCUCAUGAAUGCGCUCAUUCUCGGGAUUGUGUUCUUCCUGGUGCUGAUGUGUUUGAUCACGACGAUAGCAUGUGGGAUUUGGGAGACGGUAACUGGGUACCAUUUCCAGGUGUAUUUGCCCUGGGACUCCAUCAUGCCGACAGGCAAGACUGACGGGGCCACUGUGAUAGCCAUCCUCAUCUUCUUCUCUUACCUCAUUGCCCUUAACACUGUCGUCCCCAUCUCCCUCUACGUCAGCAUCUAUGACAGGAAUAUCAUGACCUUCAACAAGUGCAGCAUCAAUGGGAAGACCUAUGGAGAUGAUAUGUCAGAAGAUGGCUCAUUUCGAGUGGACUUCUCCGAGAAUCCUUUUUCUGAGCCAGAGUUUCGAUUUGUGGAUCAGAACCUGUUGGAUGAUGUGAAGAAUGGGGAUCCCCACGUUCAGGAGUUCUUUAGACUCCUUGCUCUUUGUCACACUGUGAUGCCAGAGGAGAAAGACAAGAAGCUGACGUAUCAGGCCCAGAGUCCAGAUGAGAAUGCUCUCGUAUCUGCAGCUCGAAACUUCGGCUUUGUCUUCAAGGCCAGGACACCUAACACCAUCACUAUUCUUGAAUUGGGAAAGGAAGUUGUCUAUGAGCUCCUCUGUAUCUUGGAUUUCAACAAUGUGAGGAAGAGGAUGUCAGUAGUGGUUAGGAAGGAUGGGCAGCUGACUCUCCUCUGCAAGGGAGCCGACAGCAUCAUCUAUGAACGCUUACAGCAAGGGAAUCGAGUACUCCAAGACAAAACUCAAGAACAUCUCAAUGAGUUUGCCGGGGAGGGUCUGAGGACUCUGGUGCUUGCCUCCAAAACCCUGGAUCCAAAUUAUUUUGAGGAGUGGAAGAGAAGGCACCACGAUGCAGCCACGUCACUGGACAAUCGUGAUGACCAGCUAGAUGCUGUUUACGAGGAGCUUGAGCGGGAUCUCCAGCUUGUUGGGGCAACAGCCAUUGAGGACAAACUGCAAGAUGGAGUGCCUCAGACCAUUGCCAAUCUUGCUCUUGCAGGCAUCAAAAUCUGGGUUCUCACUGGUGAUAAGCAAGAAACUGCCAUUAACAUUGGGUAUGCCUGUGAAUUGCUGACGGAUGAAAUGGCAGAAGUGUUCAUAGUGGAUGCACACUCAUAUGAAGAUGUGGAUAAUCAACUCAGCAAGUACCAGGCCAUAUUAGAUAAAGCUUCCAUCCCUUCAAAGCCCUCUAAGAAGAGCACUGGUGUUCAAGUUGUUACCUUCAGUGAGGAGACCUUGGUUGAUGAGGUGGAUGGGCCUCAGGUGUACGGAUCGUACGCCCUCGUGAUAAAUGGCCAUUCCUUGGUCCAUGCGCUCCAUUCCAAGAUGGAAGAGCGUUUCCUUUCUGUUGCCUCUCAAUGCAAAGCUGUGAUUUGCUGCCGGGUGACCCCGCUGCAGAAAGCCAUGGUGGUGGACUUGGUGAAGAAGUACAAGAAGGCUGUCACCUUGGCUGUUGGAGACGGUGCCAAUGAUGUAUCCAUGAUCAAAAGUAUAUCUCCUAUAGACUUUUCCUUUCAGCCCUUUGUCACCCCUUUGAGUGCUGACAUUGGUGCCACACAUAUCAAAAAUAAUUUGGGGCAGGCGGCCCACAUCGGAGUGGGGAUAAGCGGACAGGAAGGGUUGCAGGCCGUUCUGGCCUCCGACUUUAGCAUCGCCCAGUUCCGCUUCCUCGAGCGACUCCUCCUAGUCCACGGUCGAUGGUCAUACUACCGCAUGUGCAAAUUCCUCCGGUACUUCUUCUAUAAGAACUUUGCCUUCACUCUCUGCCACUUUUGGUUUGCCUUCUUCUGUGGGUUCUCUGCCUUGACAGUGUAUGAUGCCUUCUACAUCUCAUGUUACAACAUGUUCUACACUGCAUCACCCGUCGUGGUGAUGGCCGUGUUCGACCAAGACAUCAAUGACGUCUAUUCUGUCAAAUAUCCCAAGUUAUAUUCUCCAGGGAUUAAGGGGAUGUUCUUCAACAAGGCAGAGUUUUUCAAGAGUGUCAUGCUCGGAGUCCUCACCUCAUCCGUCCUAUUUUUCGUCACCUAUGGCUCUUAUCAUGAUUCCAUAUCACCGGAGGGCUAUACAACAUCUGACCACAUGCUGUUUGGCUCAGUCCUUGCCACAAACUUGGUCAUAGUUGUCAAUCUUCAGAUUGCCAUCGAAACUGCCUACUGGACAGUUUUGAACUUUGUGACCAUCAUUGGCUCCAUUCUUUGGUAUUUUCUUCUCACCUUUGCCUAUUACUAUGUCCUUGGGGCUGCUUAUGCUGCAUACAUUGGCUCCCUUGCCAUGGCAAUGUCAGGAGCAACAUUCUGGUUCACGUUACUUGUGAUCGUUGCAAUGUUGAUUCUGCCUAUAAUUGGGAAGAGGUUCUACUUCGUGGACGUGAGGCCGACGUUGGCCGAUCGCCUUAGGCUCAAGCAGCGCAUGACAUCCAGAACGAAGCAACCACAAGAACUGAAGAGGACGGGGACGGCCAUGCGACGAUCGAGACGAUCUCUGCGCUCUGGCUACGCAUUCUCACACCAGGAGGGCUUCGGCCGGCUGAUCACGACGGGGAAGAUCAUGCCGGGAGUGCGAAAUGUGUUCCGAAGCAAGACCCCCGUGGUGGAGGUGGAAUCUUCGGCGAGGAUUCACUCCCGAUCUGCAUCCCGCCCUACGAGCCCUCCGGUGGAUUCUCAAGGCAAGGGUUUGGGAACUUCAUCAUCCACUUCCUCACUCUCUCAAUCGAGGCCGCAUUCAAAGGGCGCACGAACACCAGGGAAACCCGGGGUCCUUUGACACUGAUUCCAUUCUGUGUUCUGUGCCUCUCGUCCCUUUUUGUUACACACAUGCACACACAGUUUGUUUCCACGUGGUCAUUUAUGCAUUCAUCCAUCUAUUCAAUGUACCUGAUCUUUUAUUUUUCUCCAUCUCAUGUUUGCUGGAGACAUGUUGUAUACAUUUCUUCAGACUACUUGGGAUUAUUUUUCAUGCCCUACUACACUUGAUUUUUUUGUGCUUUCUGUUUGUGUCUUUUGGUUGUGAGUGUGCAUGAAAAGGAUCAUCUGUGCAUGGAGGAUACAAGGACACUCGCUGGUGUGCACAAUGCACCACUGUGAAUGAGUGAUGUGUUCCCUCAUUUUGGGCCAGUUCUUCAUGUGCUGUUGAAUCUUUGUCUUUUAAAAAGCAGGAAACUGUUCAAAUGAGAUAUGAGGGGACAGAGGAUUACACUUAUUUUUGUAACAAUCACUGUUGCCUAUUUGAGAUGUUUUCCCAUCAUAUCUCCCAUUCCCUAUCAUUGAGAAGAUUUUUUAAAGCAUUUUUCCAUUGGUUGAGCAUCUGCUCAUGAUUCUCCAUUACUCCAUUACUCACUCAUAAUUCCACUCUCUUGAUUGCAAGUCUUGCUAUGAUCGUUCUCUUGUGCUUCAGAUGUUCAAAGGAGACAGGAGCAGGAAUGCCCUUGGGUCUGCUCAUAAAUCUAUUCAACUGAAAAGAGGCUUAAUUGUCUUUUUUCAGAAGUGCUUUUCGAACUGCAGUUUGUGGAGAAGAGUUCUGGGAAUUUUCACAAAGUAUUUUGCAAUGCUGAAAUCAGCAUCACUAUCAAAGCAUUAUGGGCAUAUCUCUUUUGGGAGCAACAUUUUAUAACAUGAUUGGUGAAACAUUGUCUCAGAACUCAGCUCUGAUGUUUCCUUUAUAUAUUGAAGAGUAUUGAUGAAGCAGCUGUGUGGCCAUGAUUUUUCCAGUAUUCCAUCUUUGCAUAAUAAUCAGCUAGUGAGUCAAAUUAAUUGGCACUUAAGUCAUUUUGAGCUAAUGUGAAUAUUGAGUGAACAUCAUGAGAAGCAAAAUUUUGGAAAAUAUAUCAAAAUAUCUGUCCUAAGCCUGGAAUGUAUUCAGAUGCUCACUGCCCCUUGUGCUGUUUGUUGAACCUUAAGUAGUGACUGAUGAUGUAGUAAUGGUGAUAAGAUAUUGUCCUCAAGUCCCACUCUCAUCUCAGCUAAAUUGAAGGUUUUAAAAAUAUCAUGGAUAUUGCCGAUUAACUUGAAUAACCUUAACGAAAGAAAACCUGAUACAGAGCCGAUAUCUGUCGAGUUGCCAAAUAAUGCAGUCUAUCUUUUAUUUGUCAAGUGAUAUUCCCAGAAGCCAAAGUAAUAAAAUGGAAAAAAAAAAACAGGAAAUGCACUGGGUCUUUCACUGACCAUUUUUCUUUAAACUCACUUUGCAUCCCACUUACUGUGUGGCUGAGCCUGACAUCUCACUUCCCACAAUGCACUGGAACAUGAGCACACUGAUAUUAAACUGGAG